AUGGCGUGCUCGGAUAUCCCGUCUCUGUGUAACCUGCUGCCAUUCCGGGUAAAACAGGAGCAAGGAGUCGAUAAACUUAGACGUUAUGGCCCCGGUGGCUAUCAUCUAACUCACAUCGACGAUAGGCAUUUUGACGGGCGCUAUGAGAUAAUCCAUAAACUGGGUCACGGAAGUUACUCAACAGUCUGGCUUGCCAGGGAUCGCUGGGACGCAAGAUAUGUUGCCAUGAAGAUUUUUACCGCUGAUAUUUCUGAAUCUUGCUCUGAAGGAAAUAUUUUACGCGUGUUGAAUUCAGGUAGUCCAAAGCUCCUAGCACAUGCAUUUGUUCCAUUGCUUCUGAAUGAAUUUAUGAUUACUGGUCCAAAUGGGCGUCAUCGGUGUAUUGUGAGCGAUGUUGCUGGUCCAAGCUUUGCCCAGUGGAGGGAGUCAGAAAAUAUUUGGAAGUUUCCAGUCAAUGUGGCUAGGAGUAUAGCGGCGCAAAUUAUAUGGGGAUUAGCCUAUAUCCAAUCUCGUGGUGUGGUCCACAGCGUUCCCAAUGACCUAAAGCUCCCAAGAUAUUGCGUUCCGCCUGCAGGGAUGUAUCAGUCAAGCAAAUAUAGUAUUAGGGGUGCCCGGAUAAUCAUUUCAGAUUUCGGCGAAGCUUUCUUCAAAGAUAAACCACCCAAAGAACUACACACCCCAGCCCUACUUCUUCCACCAGAAUACAUCUUCCAUGAACCGAUCAGCCAGGCCAACGCCUUAUUGAGGGGUAUGUUGUCGUAUGAGCCAUCGGAGCGUAUUAUUAAGAUCGGGGCAAUUGGAUCAGAAUGA